AUGUCUGUUAUCCAAAAACACACUCACUCUUUACAAGAACUAAACCCUGAGAAGGAGAGUUGGAAUAUCCUUGCAAGAGUUGUAAGGUUAUGGUUUGUUGAAGAUUACACAAAAGGAAAAACUCCAUUUUCCAUGGAAAUUGUUCUUCAAGACCAAGAGGGUGUACUCAUCCAUGCAUCUGUUAGACGCACAUUGAUAUACAAAUUCCAGUCUGAAAUCAAAGAGGACAAGGUUUACACCAUCCAAUCUUUCAGUGUUUCAUGUAAUGGUGGUUGUUAUAGAACCACAAAACAUGCCUAUAAGAUCAACUUCCAAUUUGGAACCAAGGUCAAUAUGGUGCAAAAUGUGAUUGGGAUGUUUACUGGUGUUGGAACAGAGAGGGAGCUAGAGAAAGCUGGUAAGAAAACCAAAAUGAAUGUCAUCCUUAUUGAAGCUGAUGGUUUGCAACUGGAGUGUACUUUAUUUGGUCAAUAUGUUGAUAUGUUAAAUGCAUUUCUGGCCUCUGGAGAGGAUCAACAUGUUGUCAUUGCUUUGCAUUAUUGCAAAGUGAAGACCUUCCAAGAUAAAGUUUCUAUUCAAAACUGUGUGAACUGUACCAAGAUCAUUUUUAAUUGUGAUGGUGAAGAUGCAACCAAGUUGAAAAAAAUGUAAGUCUAUAUACAUAACAUAUAUCUUUGUUUAUAGAUAGAUAUAUGUAUAUCUUUGUAAUAUAACAUAUUUUUUUAACGUAGGAUGUGGGAUAAUACUGAAU